AUGGAUGAGAAAGUCACAAAUGUGGAACCAAUGUUCGAUGAUCACGGCUUUGAUGAAGGGUAUAACAUUGACUCACUCGAAGACAUUGUGAUGAUUGAAUUUUGGAACAUCAGGGAUGAAGAUGUAUGUCAUUUUCACUUUUCUGAUGCCGACAUUGCAUUUGAGUUCUACAAUAGAUAUACAAGGACAAGAGGCUUUAUUGCUUGGAAGAAUAGGACUAGGAAGAGUCAUGCAGGCGUACUUAAGUUGAAGAAUUUUGUAUGUCAUCGUGAAGGAUUUAGAUCACAAAAUAAUAAUGACAUUGGAAACUUUAAGAAAAAACCUACACCAGAGACAAGGUGUGGCUGCAGUGCAAUGAUGGAGAUUCGUCUAGAUGGACCUAGUGGUCGUUGGUUUAUUUCUUAUUUUUUUUAUGAACACAGUCAUCCGCUUUUGGAUCCUCGAUUGACUGGAUUGCUUCGUGGGCAUAGAUUCAUGUCCGAGGCUGAUAUUGGCCACAUGAUUAACAUGAAAAAGGGUGGGAUUAGUGUUGGGCAGAUAUAUCAAGCAUUAGCAAAUCAGGCAGCUUUGAAGUAUCUACAAGAUCGAGCAAUAAAUGACCUUUCUCUCUAUUUUAAUCAUCACGUGGAUGCCGAUGGUACUUUGCGCAAUUUAUUCUGGUGCGAUGGUCUCAGUAGGGCAGAUUACUCAUUAUUUGGCGAUGUGCUGGCUUUUGAUGCUACCUAUAAGAGGAAUAAAUAUAUGUGUCCAUUGGUGGUAUUUUCUGGUGUCAAUUAUCACAAUCAAAUGAUUAGUUUUGCUGCUGCUUUAAUUUGCGACAAGGAAAAAAACACAUAUAGGUGGUUGCUACAACAAAUGAAGGUGGCAAUGAAUGGAAAAGCACCUGUUUCGGUUAUCACGGAUGGUGAUCUAUCAAUGAAGUUCACCAUUGAGAAAGAGUUUCCUAAUGCACAUCAUAGAUUAUGUGCAUGGCAUCUGAUUCGCAAUGCAACAAGUAAUAUUGGCAAGCCCCACUUUACCUCCAUGUUUAAAAAGUGUAUGCUAGGCAACUAUGAAAUUGAUAUAUUUCGUCAAAAGUGGUUUGAAAUGGUUGAGGGAUUUGGUGUCGAAAACAAGAGUUGGGUCCUAGAUAUGUAUAAGAAGAGACAUUCAUGGGCAACUGCACAUAUAAGAGGGAAGUUUUUUGCUGGUUUUCGGACUACUUCUCGGUGCGAGGGAUUAAACUCAAUCAUUGCAAAGUAUGUCAAUUCAAGGUACAAUCUGGUUGAGUUCAUUCAACACUUUAAUCGAUGUGUCGACCAUAUUCAGUGGAAAGAGGUCCAGGCUGACCACGCAUCUGUGAAUGGGAGACCCAGUAUGCAAAUGUGUUUUCAACAGUUAGAGAGGAGUGCUGCCAAUGUUUGCACCCUAUCAAUAUUUUAUAUGUUUCAACCAAUCCUUGUACGAGCUGCAUCAAUGAAGUUUGCGUCUUGGUGCAUGAAGAUAUAG